AUAACAAAAGAAAAAACAUGGAAAUUGCGUCGAGAGAAAUAAAAUAAUUGAAGCAUAUUAUCCUAUGUGAAUAAGAUCUUUGACUCCCAAAGGUAAAUAUAUAAUUGCUUCAAGAAAUACAUCAAAGGAUAAUGUCCAAAGUAAAAGAGUAAUUUGAUCACUUGAACGAAGGGAGAGAAAAAAUACAAAAAAUUGAAAGUAAAAGUUUUCGUAAUUUAAUUUACUUCUUUGAAGUUUCAGACAAAACUAUCCUAUUAAAGUCAGCAUAAAUAUCGCAACUGAUAAUGCAAGGAAGCCAAAGCCAGCUGAAAUAAUAUAACUACACGACAUAGAUUUUGCACCCUCUGCCUUUCAGGCGGUUGCCUGACUUUUUUCCGGUGGGAAUUAAGAGAUGGAUUUAGAGAAAAAGCAAGAAUUGGAAUGGAUAGAAGCACAGAAGAUAGAGAUAAGUUUGGACCUCGUGGAUGCAGCCAAGAAACAGCUUGAGUUUCUUGCAGCUGUGGAUAGGAAUCGUUGGCUCUACGAUGGUCCUACUCUCCAAAGAGCCAUUUACAGGUACAAUGCUUGCUGGCUUCCCUUGCUUGCCAAAUUUUACGAGGAAGAGAUUUCAGAAGGGCCUCUGGUUGUUCCUCUUGAUUGUGAAUGGAUUUGGCAUUGUCACAGGCUAAAUCCAGUUCGUUACAAGUGUGACUGUGAGGAACUUUAUGGAAGGAUCCUCGACAACUCUAAUGUUGUAUCUUCUCUUCAAGGCACAUGCAAAAGGCAAACAGAAGAAAUUUGGAAUAGACUUUAUCCAGAUGAACCUUAUGACUUUGACUUGAUUAAAGCAUUAUCUGAAAAUGCCUCUGAAACACUUUCUGGACUUGAAAAACACACUAAAUAUGAUCUAAUUUCAGCUGUCAAAAGGCAGAGUCCUUUCUUUUAUCAGGUGUCCAGAGCCCAUAUGAACAAUGAUAUCUUUAUUAAGGAAGCUGUAGCCAGAUAUAAAGGUUUCCUUCAUCUGAUCAAGAGAAAUAGAAAGAAGUCCAUAAAGUGCUUCUGCGUUCCAACUUAUGACAUUGACCUUAUCUGGCACACCCACCAGUUGCAUCCUGUCUCUUACUGCAAAGAUUUGAAUAAAGCACUUGGCAAGAUAUUGGAGCAUGAUGAUACAGACUCAGACAGAACUAAGGGGAAGAAGCUUGAUGUUGGGUUUUCCGGGACUACUAAGCAGUGGGAAGAGACAUUUGGCAUAAGGUACUGGAAGGCAGGGGCCAUGUAUAGAGGGACUUCUCCUUCUCCUCUCACAGUCAUUUCUUGCAUGCCCAACAUUUUGAGUAAGGAAGUAGAUGCCUCAAAUAAGUUUCCAAAAAUUUUGAAGCUUCCAGAGAUGAAGGUUGUAGAGGUCCUUUUGGAGUUUGUAGGAGUUAAGAACUUACCAGAUGAGAAAAAGGGAAACCUCUUUGUCCUGUUCAGUAAAACUCAACCUGAUGCAUUCUUUAAUACUAAGCAGAAACUGACUAUCUUUUCUGAGUCUGGGGAGAAAAAGGUUGCUUUGUUUCAGUGUGAACCUACUGGCGAACUGCUUUUUGAACUUGUAUCACAUUCAGCUUCCAACUUAACAGGAACAAAGACAUGCAAAAUUUUAGGUACUGCUUCACUCUCUUUAAAAGAGUUUCUACUUCCGGUUUCUAAACUUGCUGUGGAAAAAUGGUUGGACUUGAUUCCCAGUUCUGGAAAUGGACCAUCAAAACCCAUUGGCCUACACAUUGCUGUUUCAUUUACGGUUCCUACAAUAGCACAACAUGUGCUUCACAUGGUUAGGUCCCGUCCUUUUUCGAAAGGUUCUUGUUUUCAGCUCCCUGUAGCUGGAAGGGUUCCAGCUGGUAAGAGUUGCACUCGUGUCAUUGAUGAAACUCAAGCUGAGGUUAUAAGACUCCAAAUGAGAGAAUCUGGAAAGGCAAAGAUAAAAGAAAACUGCCUCUCAAGGAAGCAAGUAAUUGGUAUCACAAAGCAUGGCGAAACACAUGCUGUAGCAGAGUUCGUUGGGACUCAUUGGUCUUUGAUGGAUUCUCAAUGGGUCCUUCAGCUUUCAGAAGAAGUCAGUGAAAAUGGUCAUCUCUUUGAUAUUAAAGGCAAUAGAAUGGUAAAGGUUUUUCUUGGCAGAAAACUGGAUUAUGAACCCAAAUAUUGUGAGAAACAGAGAAAUGAAGGUGACUUUAUGACUGCAGUUGAAUUUUCUGCAGAACAUCCAUAUGGAAAAGCAGUUGCAUUGCUUGACCUGAAAUCUGGAUAUCUGAAGGCAAAGGAGGAAUGGUUCGUUUUGCCUGGAUUGAUAUCAGCGUUUAUAGUUUCUCACACAUUAAAGAAGAAAGGACACAUUUGCUUGACCAUGGACGGCAAAAGUACAAAAGAGAUAGAUACUGCUACACAAAAGAUAAAUGUGGAGAAUGAACAGCAUGCUAACCUGGCUGCCUCCCUAGAAACUGAAGUCCAUUCGGAUGAUGAUGUGAGCCUGGAAAAUGCAAUGAUACCCAAAAAAGAUGGUUCAUCCAAUGGGGACUAUGGAGGUGAGAAAGGAACUGCAGUAAAAAGUGGUGGCUGUGGUGGUUGUGGUGCAGGAUGUGGGGGUGGUUGUGGAAGCAUGGUGAAUAGCAGUGGUUGUGGUGGUUGUGGUGCUGGCUGUGGUGGUUGUGGAAGCAUGGUUAAUAGCAGCGGUUGUGGUGGUUGUGGUGCUGGUUGUGGUGGUUGUGGAAGCAUGGUUAAUAGCAGUGGUUGUGGCGGCUGUGGCGGUGGCUGUGGCAGUGGCUGUGGCGGUGGCUGUGGCGGAGGUUGUGGAAGCAAGGUGAGGACCACAGGCUGUGGCAGUUGUGGCAGUGGUUUUGUCGACGAUAUAAAAACUGGUGGUGAAACCGGGAAUUUGGUAAAAAUUAAUGGAUGUGAAAAUCCCCCAUACAUGGAGGAGGCUGUAAAAGCUUGAUGUCUAUGGAAGUGAAUAUUAGCAGACACUCGGACGCAUCUUGAUGUAGCCCUAGCAAGUUUUUAAUAACCAUCAUACACAGUGCCUGUCCAAUACACAAUUGCAUUUAGUACUUCUUGUUUCCAUUUCCCCCCUCGUGAAUAAGUGCAGCUAUUGCAUGAAGCUUGUGUCCUUGUAUGUAUUGUGCCUGAAGUUAAGAUUCUGUUUUGUUUCUUCAGAUUCCAUAUAUAGUUUCCUACAACAAUAAACUUCUUUGAUGAAUGUAUUAAAGUACUCGUGAUACUACUAUCUAAAAAUUCUAGUUAAUGGUGAAUUUCGGUGAAUUAUAUCA